UCGUUUUGAAACAUCAAUCCCUAGACUAAAGUGCGAAAAUAGUAUGAGUAAUCCGAACCCAGAGAAAACGAAAGUGGAUGUUACUGAGGAAGAGAAAGAGGAAUCUGAUGAGCAAUGGAGCGAUGAAGAAACCAAUAUGAGAGAAAUUGUUCUCGGCCUCCCUGCUUUGAAUAUCAGCAGUAGAAUAUUUGGAGAGAGUAGUAGUGUCGUUGAGGAAGAUGCAGAAAAAGCGCGUUUGAAUGAGCAAGCGGUUCUUGCGGCGGGGUUGAUUUUGGCUGCGGCAGAGGAAGCGGUUAUGAAAGGAAUGAAUGAGGGAAGUGGGAGUGGUGGGAAGAAAAAGAGUAGACCAAGGAUAUCUACGCAAACCGAUGACGAAGGGGAUGGUUUGGGUGAAGGAGAAGCGAAAAAGCCGAAGAAGAAAGCAAAGGAAUUGACUCAUCCACCGAAAGGACCACCGGUUUGUCAUAUCUGUGGAAGAGGUUUCGGUUCGUGGAAGGCAGUGUUUGGGCAUAUGAGGGCUCAUAGAGAUAGAAACUAUCAAGGGUUUCUUCCUCCUCCUACAUUCUCUGCGGGGGCUGAAAGGUUUGUGAUUCCCGGGCUAAGAUCUGCUUUUACUAUUGCCACUGUCGGAGGAGGAAGUUCUGGUGGUGUAGCGGUAGGAGGAAGAAGUUCCGGUGAUUUUUCUGGCAGUGGUGGUGGUGAUGCGCCAGGAUCUGAAGGUGGGAGAGGUUCAGGUAUUGAUUUGAAUGUGGAACCUGUGGAGCAAGUAGAGGAAGCGACUGAAUCUGGAUGUAUUGCCAAGUUCGAUCUUAAUAAAUCUCCACCAAAAGAUGAAGAGGAAGAGGACAAACCCAAGUGAAAGAUUUUUUCAUACUAUUUAAUAAUUUACUAUAACACAUAGUAUAGUUAUUAUUUUCAUAUUUCAUAUUUGAUAUAUUUAUCUAACACAUUAUGUUGAUUCUUUGAAUUAGUAAUGUUUUGCAACAAUGAAGAAAAGGAAGAUCUUGUUAAAG